UAUUCGACAUGACCAUUUGAGAGGGUUGAACGCUGUAAUGUCACUACCGCUAUAAAUUGGAGUUAUUCACUGUUUUCGGAAAAAAAAUUGAUAAAAGUUUUUGUAGUUUCGCUCGGUUGGUGACGGCCGUUUAUCUUGUUUGUUGAACAUGUCUGAGGGACCUGACACGCCGCCUUUUAGCACGGUGGACAUCAAUAACGAUGGGCGAGAUGACGAAGAUCUUUUCGCUUCGGCCGUCCAGGAAGUGAGCUUGGACCCGGAGGUGAAUGGUGCUCGUGAGGAUUUGGAGAAGGUGAGCAUCAGUGAUGCUCCUCCGUCGAUCACAACCACUCUCAGCAGUCCAGUUCUUGAAGAGAUAGCGACAGAACGAGCCAACAACAUAAUAAUAACGAUAACAGAACCGCAGAAGAUCGGCGAGGGUAUGAUGAGCUCGUAUGUAGCAUACAGGGUGCUUACAAAAACGAACAUGCCGAUAUUCAGCAAACAUGAGUUUGCUGUGCUGCGAAGGUUCAGCGACUUCCUUGGCUUGCACGAGAAGCUCACGGAGAAGUAUUUGCGCUCUGGACGUAUUAUACCACCAGCACCUGAGAAGAGUAUAGUUGGCACAACAAAGCUGAAGAUGACGUCCACGCCGUCGACGGAGAGCGCGAACGGCAGCACGCCCACGGGCGGCGUGCAGUCGCAGUUCGUGGAGCGACGACGCGCGGCUCUCGAGCGGUUCGUCAACCGCGUGGCUCAACAUCCCGUGCUCAGCAUCGACCCUGACUUCAGGGAGUUUUUGGAGUCGGAAGCGGAACUUCCGAAAGCAACAAGCACGUCGGCACUCAGCGGCGCCGGGGUUCUGCGGCUCUUUAACAAGGUCGGCGAGACCGUCAACAAGUUCACUUACAGGAUGGACGAGGCUGAUCCGUGGUUCGAGGAGCGGUCGGCGCGCACAGAGGCCCUGGAGGCGGGGCUGCGCCGGCUCAGCGGCGCGUGCGACGCGCUGGCGGGCGAGCGCCGCGAGCUGGCGGCGCGUGCGCACGACGCCGCGCGCGCGCACGCCGCGCUGUCCGGCGCCGACCCGCACGCGCCGCUCUCGCGCGCGCUCUCGCACCACGCCGACCUGCACGAGAAGAUUGAACAUUUAAGACUGGAACAAUCAAACACGGACUUCUACGUACUGGCCGAGCACAUCAAGGACUACCUCGGCCUCAUCGGCGCCAUCAAGGACGUCUUCCAUGAGAGGGUCAAGGUGUUCCAAAACUGGCAACACGCUCAAAUGCAGCUAACCAAGCGGAGAGAGAACAAGGCAAAGGCUGAACUUGCUAACAGACCGGAGAAGAUUGAGCAGGCUUCUAACGAAAUUAUCGAGUGGGAGGCGAAAGUGGAACGCGGACAGCAGGAAUUCGACACGAUAUCGCGCGUGAUCAAGAAGGAGAUCGAGCGCUGGGACGAACUGCGCCAGGACGAGCUGCGAGCCGCACUGCUGCGCUACCUCGAGGAACACAUGAAGCAUCAAGCUCAGGCAAUCCGAUACUGGGACGCGUUCCUGCCAGAAGCGCGGGCGAUCAAAUGAGUAGGGGAGUGACGGCGACAUCGCGCUGCCUCACCAACCUCUACGCCAAACACGACUUUAGCACCAACUAUUGUAAAUCCUUGAGAUUCUAAUGUAACAAUAGUGAGUCUUAACUGCAAUGUAAUAUCCAAACACCGUCAUAUAAUAACCCAUUUAGCAUCGGAAUGUUUGCCGGCAAACAUGACAGCUACAUGACAUUACGCGUGUCACGGAAAAAUAACCUUAUUAUGUAGUAUAUAAUAAGGUUAUAUUCCCGUGACACACGUAAUGUCAUGUAGCUGUCAUGUUUGCCGGCAAACAUUCCGCUGGUAAAUGGGGUCCGGCAACAGAUAAUAAUCCUGCAAUUUUAUACUGUUCUACUGCUAGGCGCGGGUCUCUUCUCUUACUGAGAGGCUUAGACUAAUCCACCACUAAAACUUCAUUACUUUGCUAUUGCAUCAUGUUCUUAGUAACUUACGAAUUGAUUAUCGAUAGAUAAAAUAAAGAAAUCUUUUAUAAGCCAGUUAUCUGCUGAAUAGGUAAUUAAGACAGUGAGCUUAGGCGUUACUCAUCAAUUUCUGCGAACUGCUUUUUUGGUUUCCAUAAUUCAAUGCAAGAAAUGGUAAAACCGCCAUAUACACUUUACAAGCAGUCACUAUUAACUAAUUUUUAUAGGGGCACAGCAAAGUAACCCCAAAGCAAGUGGAGUAAGGUCCAAAUAUCCAGUGUUUACUGACAAGAAUAUUUAUCCCUCAGCAACACAAUUAUGCCUGCCUAUUUGAAAUCUACAGCGUGGCUUGGUUUUUAGCCAUCGACAUUUCAUUGCCUAAGUUUGAUGCAAAUGCCUAUAAUAAAAUAUCGAUGUUUAGAAAUUCUAUAAUCACAAAAUCAGCAUCCGCGACUCACUAUCGUCAUUUUAGAUGUUAAUGUGUUAUCGAUAUGUAAUUUAUAGUCGAUCAAAAUGAUUGCUCAGUGGAGAUCUCGGUGCUUCCCUAGAAUAGUUCAAUCUUAAAGUUUGCACUUGCGUAAAUUUUAUCGAUAAAUCAUUUUGUAUCAUAUAAAAUAUUCGAAUUCAAUCGAGUAUGUAUCGACUUAAUACAAUUUACAGUACCAGCACGCGUACCAUGUAUUCGCCAAUCUAGAUUUAAGGUGAUAUUCGCUUGUCUGCAUUUUAAACCAACCAGUUUUAUAUAAAUUUUUAAACUUUUCAUUAACUUUAGUGAACAGCAAAUACAUUACACUCACAUAAUACGCUGUUUGCUGGCAAUUAAUUUGUUUGAGAACAGCUAAUAGAUUAUACUCACAUAAUACGUUUUUUGCUAGCGAUACGUAAGUCAAUACACGAAUAUUUCUGACUGAAUGUACGUGUGGUUGAAAUAAAUUCAAUUACAUAGCAAAAUUAACACAUUUUUCCCCAAUUUUUUUGUAAUGCCUAGAAUUGUUUUAGGGAGGUACCGAAUUUAGAGAUUCUUAUACAGCAUGUUCUGAUGUUUCGAUGUCUAGAUAUUUUCAUGAAACAUAAUUGUAAUGUAUGAUAAUGUAGUCUAUACAUUGUGUCUAUGUUCUUAAUGGUACCAACAUAACAGAAUUAUAUGUAGGGUAAAAACACCUAAAGAGGGCACCUCAAAUUUUGAGACAAUUUUUGCCAUUUAAUUUCAUACAUUCCGGCAAAAAUAUAUUUGAGGUAUUCAGAAAGAGAAAAUAAAUAAAUAUAUAAGUAUGAGAUAUUUGUAAAAUUGUAUAAAUGGAGGUGUGAUUGUAUAUCUGUUCUAAAUAAUUCCUUUGAGGAUAUGUAUAUGAAUAAAUUGUUAUGAUUUUCACUUAUGAAGACUUGUCUACUGCACUGUAUUAUAUUUUUAAAUACUGCAGAUUUGUUUUGUAUCAUUUUAAUAUGCACUCUUUUAUACAUUAAUGGUUUAAUAAAGUAGGUUUAAUUUCUAAGCAAUAAACUUUGGUAAAGAAAACCGCUUCGUUAUUAUGAGAAAAUGUUUAUCAAAAUUAUUAACUCGAUAAGUUAUCCAAUUCCACGAGAUCGGAUAAAUAAUAAAGUAAUAAUCAAUCAAAUGUCGAAGUAGAAACUAAAGACAGAUAAUUACGUUUGCCGCAAAAUUUUUGAUUAUCUAUAUUAUAUUAUCUAUUAAUAUCGAUGGGAAAUUGCGUUUAGUAAUGUGCCAAAAGUUUGACACAACUGAUUUGCUACGCCAAGAAAGUGAUCCUUUCGUAGUUUUUCAGUUUUCAACCUGCCUACGAUAUAUUAAAAUAGAUAUAUAUGUAUUUGGAAAUUUACGAAGCAAUAUAAACAUUUAUCAGAUUUGAAACAGUUGUUGAAAACAAUUGGCAUGAAUACGAUAAGUAAAAGGUGAAGGAAGCACUGGUAAUAAAACAUAAAAAAAAAUACUUUUUUCUUAUGAAUUAUUAUGUAUGCACAUUUCAAAGCGAGCUUUAUAUUUCUUUAAAUAUUUUGCACGCGAACAAAGUUAACCACACUUAACAUAAAACAAUAUGAAAUCUAUAACCUGCUCAACUUCUAAAAAAUCUUUCACCAUGUUAGGUGAUUUUCUCCUAUUCUGAUCUCUGAGUAUAAAUGAGUAAAUAUUUUUCGCUAGCACGGUAUACGGAUUGUCACGCAUUAGACACGAGUGGAAUGAAACUAAAUCUUGGACUUAUGCUUAUAUUUUAAACCAGGUAGAUAUGGACGUGUCGUAAAAAAAAUAAUGGCUAUUAUCUCAACAUUGUUUUUAUUUGUUCUUAAUUUAAAAGUUAUGAAUGUUUGAAAUCACACUUUACUACCGAAGUGUUUUUUUUUUUGUAAUUGUUACUGGCCUCUUUAAAAAUAUUUUCAUUUGAACAAUGUCCAAGAUACGUCCUUGGAAUUAGAAUUUUAAUUUUCAGUAUGUGCUAUUUAUGUUUAAGUUCUCCUUAAUUUUGUUAUAAUUGUAUAUUUUUAUAUAGUCAUUUGUUUUUAUCUCAAAUGUAAAAUUACGUAUUUUCAUAAUAGCAGUUAUUCAAAAUAUUAUUUUUCAUGUUACAGUCAAAGUAUGGAGUUGGAUGUCUGAAUGUUGUAAUUAGUUGAAAAUUUCUUAUGUUAAAGUUACGUUUGGUAUUUUAGACUAUUGUUACGUCGCCGACUCACUAUUACAAGGUCCUAUGUAAAUUUUUACAUAUGUUCAAAUAAUAUAACUCAGAAAAUUGAGAUUAAAAUUUUCAUGUUGGUAAAAAUUAGGAAAGACAAGCAGUAGUGAUUCUUCCUUUAUUUGUCUUGGGAUUAUUAGAAAUUAUUAAUGAAAAUAACAUAAAAUUAUGUGCAUAAUUAAAUUUGUGAAAAAAAUAACAUAGAGCCUUGUAAUAGUGAGACAGCGGUAUGUAAAGCUCCCAACAGUCCGAACAUAUUCUGACCGUAACAAAACGUUAGUAACUUAGAUAUUGAAUAUUAGGUAGUAUGAUUGAAAGAAAAAUCGAGUCUAAUGUAUUCCUUAUUUUUUAUAUUGCCAAAUAUAUUUUAGUGGUAAUUCGGUGUAAUGAAGAAGAUGAAUAUAAAUAAAGUAUAUAAUGUUGAUUUCCAUUUCAA